GAAGCGCUGGGGGUAGGGGCCUGGACUCAGGUGCUUCCCUUGCGGCCCGGCGGUGGUGACAGGAGAGAACCGAGGGUAAGGGCGCGGGCCGGGAGGAGUCGGAGGCUGAAGAGGAGAGGAGAGUGAAGCCGCCGAGGCCACCGGGACCAUGGAGAUCGUGUACGUGUACGUCAAGAAGCGAAGCGAGUUCGGGAAGCAAUGCAACUUCUCGGACCGCCAGGCCGAGCUGAACAUCGACAUCCCGCCCAACCCUGAGCUGGCCGAGCAGUUUGUGGAGCGGAACCCAGUGGACACGGGCAUCCAGUGCUCCACCAGCAUGUCAGAACACGAGGCCAACACGGAACGGUUUGAGAUGGAGACCCGGGGGAUUAAUCAUGUUGAGGGGGGCUGGCCCAAGGAUGUGAACCCCCUGGAGCUGGAGCAGACGAUCCGGUUCCGCAAGAAGGUGGAGAAGGACGAGAACUACAUCAAUGCCAUCAUGCAGCUCGGCUCGAUCAUGGAGCACUGCAUCAAACAGAAUAAUGCCAUUGACAUCUACCAGGAGUAUUUUGACGACGAAGAUGUGGUGGAGGUGAUGGAGGAGGCCCCUUCAGCUAAAACCAUCAACGUUUUCAGGGAUCCCCAGGAGAUCAAGCGGUCAGCCACACAUCUCUCCUGGCACCCCGAUGGCAACAGAAAGUUGGCCGUGGCAUAUUCUUGCUUGAAUUUUCAACGGGCACCUGAGGGCAUGAGCCACGAGUCGUACAUCUGGGACCUGGAAAACCCCAACAAGCCUGAAAUUGUCCUGAAGCCGUCCUCUCCUCUUGUCACCUUGGAGUACAACCCCAAGGAUUCCCACGUGCUUCUGGGAGGCUGCUACAACGGGCAGCUCGCCUGUUGGGACACUCGGAAGGGCAGCCUAGUGGCGGAGCUGUCCACCCUUGAGUUCAGCCAUCGAGACCCUGUGUAUGGCUCCAUCUGGCUGCAGUCGAAGACAGGCACUGAGUGCUUCUCGGCAUCCACAGACGGGCAGGUCAUGUGGUGGGAUAUCCGAAAGAUGAGCGAACCCACCGAGGUGAUGAUCCUGGACAUUUCCAGAAAGGAGCAGUUGGAGAGCGCCCUGGGGGCCAUCUCCCUGGAGUUCGAGUCUACUUUGCCAACCAAGUUCAUGGUGGGCACCGAGCAGGGCAUUGUCAUCUCCUGCAACCGCAAGGCCAAGACGCCAGCCGAGAAGAUCGUGUGCACCUUCUCGGGCCACCAUGGCCCCAUCUACGCCCUGCAGAGAAAUCCGUUCUACCCGAAGAACUUCCUGACCGUCGGCGACUGGACCGCCCGCAUCUGGUCAGAGGACAGCCGGGAGUCGUCCAUCAUGUGGACCAAGUACCACAUGGCUUACCUCACCGACGGCGCCUGGAGCCCAGUGAGGCCGGCGGUUUUCUUCACCACCAAAAUGGACGGGACCCUGGACAUCUGGGACUUUGUGUUCAAGCAAUGUGACCCUGCCCUCAGCCUAAAGGUGUGUGACGAGGCCCUGUUCUGCCUCCGGGUGCAGGACAACGGGUGUUUCAUCGCCUGCGGCUCUCAGCUGGGGACCGCCACGCUGCUGGAAGUCUCCACUGGGCUGUGCACGCUCCAGAGGAACGAGAAGAACGCGGCUUCUUCCAUAUUUGAGCGGGAGACCCGACGGGAAAAGAUUCUGGAGGCCAGGCACCGGGAGAUGCGGCUGAAGGAGAAGGGCAAGGCGGAGGGCAAGGACGAUGACCAGAGGGAGGAGGAGACUGCCCUCAACCUGGAGCAGCUGGUCGCCAAGGCCGAGGAGGAGUUCUUUGACUUCAUCUUCUCAGAGCUGAAGAAGAAGGAGGCGGAAGCCAUGAAGAAGAAGCCGAAGCCUAAACACCAGGCUCUGGAGGAAGAUGAGGAGGCGGAAGGAGAGGACCAAGGGGAGGAAGAAGGGGAGCGUGCCGAGACUCCUAUCUAGAAAGGUCAGGUCGGCCUUGCCCGCGGCCCCACUCGCUC